GAGGUGCGACGUUUAAUCGAAAGUAAACUGAAUGAGGAAAUAAAAUAACGCACACCUCCGAGGAGAACAACUGUCCUCACCAGCAGUCGCACAGUACAUUUUAUUUCCAGUGUAAUCUGUGGCUCUAUUUAUUUUAAAUAAUAGUCUUUUAAAACUAUAAAGUUUCAUCAUGUCAAAAGCGGCAACUCUGAAAAUCAGCAGAGAGAACGCAGCCAAGUUGGAAAACUUCCGCCAGUCUCUCUAUAAUGAGGCUGAGAAACUCUUCUCCACUUUUAUUCCAAUGAAGAUAAUCCAGCUGGAUGCUCUGCUCAGGGAUGAUGCUCUAAGCAUCAGAGACAUGUCUGCACUCCAGGCUCCGCUGGAUAUUCCCAUCCCAGAUCCUCCUACUCCAGAGGAUGAGGAAAUGGAGACCGACAAAAACGAAGAGGAGGAGAAGAAGAAGAAAAAAGCUCCAAAAUGUGGCUUCAUCAAAGGAAAUGAGAAGAUUACGCUGCUUCUGGAAAGAGUAAAGCCAGAGAUCGUGGAUCUCAGAGAAACCAUCCUGGGCGUUUCAUGCUGGAUUCAGCACCUCAUUCCCAAAAUAGAGGACGGAAAUGACUUUGGAGUGGCGAUACAGGAGAAAAUCUUGGAGCGAAUCGCUGCUGUUAAAACCAAAGUUGAAGGUUUUCAGACCAACAUCAACAAGUAUUUUUCAGAGAGGGGUGAUGCCGUCGCCAAAGCCUCCAAAGAUACUCAUGUGAUGGACUACCGCUCACUCGUCCACGAGAAGGACACGGCCAUCUUCUCAGAGAUCAGAGUGAUCGUCCUGGACAUCCGUGGAUUCUAUGCUGAACUGUAUGACAUCAUCACUAAGAACCUGGAGAAGGUGACCAAUCCUAAAGGAGAGGAGAAGCCGUCGAUGUACUGAAGCUGAAUUCAAUCAAUCAAUCAAUCCUGCUGAACCAUUUAACCCAGUCUGAUAAAAAGUUCUUAAUUUUCCUCUACAGUCCAUAAAAGUAAAUAAACUGGGUGUUUGUUUAAUGACUUCCUUUUGAUGCAACACUUCAUUUUUGAUCCAACAUUUGCACUAAAUUGCACUUGUCAAUAAAUAAAGGACUUUUUUUUUUCAAACUGU